AUGAACGGAGGUAAAGGCUUAGGAAAAGGUGGCGCUAAGCGACAUAGGAAGGUUUUAAGGGAUAACAUCCAGGGGAUCAGGAAGCCAGCUAGCCCUAGUUUAGCACACCGCAUCUCUGGUCUCAUUUAUGAGGAGACGCUUGGCCACCCUGACAAGUGA